UUGAUAAAAAUAAUCAGCAUGAUAUAUAUUAGUGAAAGCUAUCCGAAUUAUAUUCAAACAAGAAGCAACUCUUGAGGAGAUUGUAACAUUUACGAUCACAACAAUUGAAGCCAACAUGAAGGAUGUCAUUGCAUUGGUAACGGGUGGAGCAUCUGGAAUGGGUGAAGCGACAGUAAAAAUGAUUGUGUCAAAUGGAGGAAAAGCUGUGAUAGCUGAUAUAAAUCCCCAAGGUCAUGCUCUCGCCAAUGAAUUAGGAAAAAAUGUUUUAUUUCACCAAACAGAUGUAACUUCAGAAGACUCAGUUGACGAAGCAAUAAAAUUUACAAAAGAUAAUUUUGGAAAAUUGAAUGUUGUUGUUAAUUGUGCUGGAAUAUUUGGUCUGGGAAAAAUUUAUGAUUUCGAUAAUAACACGCCACAAUCAUUGGAUAAUUGUAAAAAAUUUUUUGAGGUAAAUACAUUUGGAACUAUCAAUGUGAUGGCUAGAUCAAUUGGAUUGAUGAAAGAUAAUCAACCUGAUGAAGGUGGUCAAAGAGGAGUUAUUAUUAAUAUUGGCAGUGUUGCUGGAUUCAGUGCUGGUCCAGGAUUAUUUGCUUAUGGAGCUUCAAAAGCAGCUGUUCACAGUUUGACAGAAAGUACAGCAAGGCAUGUCGCUUGUCUUGGUAUUCGUGUUGUUGGCAUUGCACCGGGUCUAACAGAUACACCAAUGAUGAAUAUUUUACCAUCACAAAUUCGGGAUGUUGUCACCGACAAUAUGUUGUUUCCACGUAGAUUAGGACAACCAGAUGAUAUCACUCAUUGCAUUAAAUUUAUUAUUGAAAAUAAAUUUAUCAAUGCCGAAAUUAUUCGUCUGGAUGGUGGUUUCCGAUCCAGUAAUAAAUAAUAAAAUAAACUAUUUAAAAUUUAUUCGAAAAAUAUAUUAACUUUUGUUUGAAAAUAUAUUUUCAUUUUUUUUUUUCAAAUAAACUGAUGUGAUUUCAACUGGGCAGUUAAAUGUAUAUUUAAGUAUCUACUUAUUGUACUGUUUAAAUUAUUUUUCCUUUCUUUUACAGUGUAAUUAAACUGACAUUUUAUAUUUUUAAGACAC